CAUAAUAGCUAGAAAAUAAAGUGAGUUUAGAGUCUUAUCAGAGAACAAGCUAACCAGCCGCACAGCAUUUCCACCUAUAAAGAAGGCACUGAUCUCGGCGAUGAGGCAGUUGAAAGCCUAUUGAAUGUGGCAAUUGUUGAUAGUCUUGGCCUGCCUGCUACCUGGUUGCCUCCGGGUGCAGGUGCAGGCGGUUUUCCUUGAGGAAUGCAAAGGUGUGAUCAUCAAUAAGGUGACCAACGAGAACCAGGAGUGCAGUGAAUUCGUUCACUGCGAUGGCGAUGAUUCCUACUACUGCAAUGGGGAUUGUCGCGAGGCGGUCGAGUGUUAUACCAAUGUGGUUACCACGCCAGCAACCACUUUACGGCCUACAGUAGCCACUACGGAAAGAGCACCAGUCAACGAAGAACCGGUCAACUCCACCUCUACUUCAGCUUCUACCACCCCUUCAACAAUUGCUGUACCUUCCACUAGCACUACCACCCCGGCUCCGAGCACCGAUGUCCAUGUCAUCUGCAAGACGAGUGGCAGGAAUGGGGUCUAUCCCUAUCCGGCAAACAGCAACUACUAUUAUCAGUGUAUUUCCGGUUUUCUGCUGCUCCAGCAGUGCCCCCAGAACUGCCAUUUCGAUGUCACCCAGGGCCAGUGUGUUGCCACAAAACGCAAGCGUUCAUCGGGCUUACAGAAGAUGUUUGGAGUAUUUGUAUCCAUCGUGGUGUGCCUACUAUUUCUGGGCCCCAGCCGAGCGGAUAUUUUCGAUGAGUGUAAUGAUGGGAACAACCUAUCCUUUGUUACGUCGCCAAAGAGUUGCGCACACUAUAUUUUCUGCAACGGCGAUGAGUCAUACGAUGGUGAAUGCGAGGAUGGCGAAUACUUCAGCCAAGAUAUGGAAAUGUGCGAGCCCAUGGGCGAUAUCGAUUGCCGCACGGGAGCGGAGGUGCCAAGGGAAAAUACCACCGACAGCGCAACGGAGAUUACCUCAGAGUCCAGUACGAUCUCCACAGUUGUAAUCAGCACAUUAAGUCCGUCAGCAGUGGUCACAUUACGCCCAUCAGUCAAUCAAAGUGGAGCCACCAAUACGACUUCCGUAUCGCCUGGCAUAGAGAUUAUUGUGACCAAUGUGUGCCCGCAACUGGAUAAUCAGAGUCGUAUCGCAUUGCUGCCAAAUCAGAACUCCUGUUCAGAUUAUUACAUCUGCUAUCGCGGCGAGGCACUCCCCAUGAGUUGCGCCACCAGUUUGCACUUUAAUUCCCGCAGCGGAAAAUGCGAUCAUCCCGAAAACGUCAGGUGUUUGGCCAUGACUUACAACCCCAGGGAGCAGUGCAAGCGACACGUAAUCGAUGUUUAUCCGCAUUCCGACAACUGCAAUUACUUCUACCAGUGCCGUUCUGGUUACUUGAUGGUUCAGCAGUGUCCCUUCUUCUAUGGAUGGGACUACGAGAAGCGAUCCUGCGUAGCACUAGCCCAGGCCAAGUGCUACAACAAACUGCAAAUGCAAAUGAAAAUUUAUUAAAUA